UCGCAGUAGAAGCACGUGUCAACUUCAUUCGAAAUCAAAACACGAUCGAAAACUAUUACGUUAUCUCUCGCAUUUAAUUAAUCUAAUUUUUAAUUACAAGUUUAUGUGCACUUUUUAAAGCGAUGUGUAAAAGUGAACGUGCUUAUUCGUACGAUGUUUGUGUGCGUUCCGAUGUGUGUCAUUGAAUGAAUCGCGCUUACGAGUUGCAAUACAGCGAAAAUGUGACUGUUUGUUAUUGCAAGUGUGUACCAUCGAUCGUUUGAUCGAAAAAUGGCCAUUAAUGACAUUCCAUAAUAUACUGAUGUUCAAUAAGAUGCGCGAGUUUUUAAGGAUCACUUUGGUGUGUGUUUGUGCUGUUCUUUUGGUGCGCGAUGGCUGGUGCGCGGAGGACGUUGUCUCCUCGGAAGUGACUGUGGAGUCGGAACGGAUCAGCACGAGGUCUGAUGACGCUGAGCAACGGAGAGAUAGACAGAGCACUCUUUUACCAGGGAGUGCAAGGAAGGUGACGACGCAAAGCAGUGCCAAUACUACGAGGGAUUCGCAGCUGUUGUCACUUCUUGCUGCCAGGCGGCGACAGCUACUGGGUGGGAGGCUAACAACACAUAUCAACACCUUAGCUUCAUUGGCACACAAACCUCACAAGGGGAAUACAACCUUUGCUCAGCUAGAAAUUCGUGACUCCAAUAGCUCCGUUGUGAAAAGGAUAACAUUCGACAACUCGAGUAACGAAGUAUCUCCAACUUUAAGAUUUGUUGCUACUGACGGCGCAAGGGAAAUACGACAAGAUGUAAAACCACACGAGAUUCGGCAUUUAUUCAUUCCCAGAAUAUACCAAGAUAACAAAAAUAGAGCUGGAUUUUUUAAUAAUAGAAGAAAAGACUUGUUAAAUAUCAAUAAAACUAUUUUAAUUUCUAUAUCGACAACACAAAGCAGUAUAGUUUAUGUCCCACCUGAUAAAAUAGAAGGUUCAGAAAAGGAUGAUUUAGAUCCAGAUGAAGAAUUUCAGGUAGACGAGUCAAAUCAUGGUUUAUACUUGCUUAACUAUUCAGAUACAGAAAACGUAACUCAGAGCCCCAACAGCAUAACUGACGGCGGUACAUCUAGUAAAGGUAAAGAAAACAUUGUACCUAUUCUGGAGUACUCGACAUCAACAACGGAUAGAUCCACGAGUACUACGAUGCCAAGCACUGCGCAACAGAUUAAAGAUGAAAAACUGGAAAGAAAUAUAAUUGCGAAUAGUACAGAUACUCAAAAUAAUAGUACCAUUAAAAAUGAUACUGAAAAGGAUAAAGGCAACCAAACUUUAUUUAUAUCUGAUGCACUUUAUAACCACUUUAGACCGCUAGAAUCGGAAUUAAAUGAUGAGGAAAUGGCACCUUUCAUAUUCUUUGGUCAAAAAUUAGGAGGAGCUAUCAUCAGCGAUAAUCUUACUAAUUCUCCAUCUUUUUCGGCAUCAACAAAAUCAGUCAAUUUCAUAGUUCCUCCUCCCGAAAAACGAAAAUUUAAUUCCAGAUAUUCUGCAACCGAACGCUAUAAGAAUAUAAACGCAGGGGAAGAUGAAAUCAACGAAGAUAUGGACGUAUCAGUAGUUAAAAAUGUUAUUGAAAAAAAUAAAAUUAGGAAUACCGUUAAAGGACCCGCUCCAGCUAGAUCUGUUGGUUUAGUCAACGCGUAUAGAAAAUACUCCAGUACUACACAAACAACGAAUAAACCUACAAGCACAGAUGAAUUAAAUGUCACUGAACCGAUAUUAGAAAAUUUCACUGACAGCUCCAUUGAUAAUGGAACAAAUAUCUCCAAUCAUACAAUGAAGGAUGAAACAAAGAAUAAUACUAGUUCGAUAAAAGAAACUACAACCGUUCCAACACCGAGAAAUUUUACAAGAAAUUAUUUCAAUUUGAGAAGGCGUCCAUCGAAAGUAACAACAAGCACUGAAGCAGUACAUAUCACAAACACGACGACGGAAAAAUCAUCAACAACUGUCUAUACUGCAGUUGUCACAUCGGUUUCUAUAACAUCAUCAAUGAAAGGUCAAAACAAAACCGAUGGCAUUAAGGAAUUCGAAAAUGAAACAAUUAUUCCCUUACCAGAUGCCAAAGAUAAUAUUACAAUUCAAGAACUUGUUUUAUCUAAUGUAACUGAAAAUGUACCAGAAGUUAAUGUCAGUACAAUCGGACCACCUACAACAAACAAACCCUUAAGGCGUAGAAUUAGAAUAAGAACCACUACAACUGAAAGUACGUUAAAUGGAAUUAAUCAAGGUGUAUCCUUGAAUCCUAAUCCCUUAAUAUCUGACUUUACUACUAAAGUACUAGAAUAUAAACAAGAAACUAGUACCGUAUCAAAUUUACCUGAUAUUCCGAGUACGGUUAAACCUAAAAAUGUUUUACGAAGACGAAGACCUACAACUACUACAACUACGACUACAACAACUACAACUUUAGCUCCUGUGACAGUAAAUGAUGAGCCCCUUAUAACAGUAUCUCAGUUGCCAACAAUUUUACCACCAAUAACUACAACUUCACGCGAUUUAGAAACUACAUCCAAGUCGAACAUUGAAAUAUCUCAAAUAUCUUCUGAAUUUAAGGCUACCAAACCAGUACUAGUUUCAAAAAAUGUGCCUAAAAGUACAAAUAAUAGAACAUUAAUAAACACGACAAUAGACAAUGAAAACGAAAAUGAGUUACGAAACGAAGAAGUGGUUAUAGAAGCGGAGAAAGUAUAUACAGCGUCCUAUGUUUUAGCGGGUCUCGGAUUUCUUCCCGUAGCAGCUGUCAUAGCUUUCUUAUUACGAAACUUUUUGAAUAAAAAGAUAAAAGAAAUUGACACGGAAUACGAAGGAUAUUUCGAAGAUGGCGAGAUCAAAAAAGAGUCGCCAAUAACACCGGUUGCCCGUCCACCUCUCCCGAAUCCUAGUAAGCCCGACCAAAAAUGGGAAUUUCCGAGAAAUAAACUUCGGUUGCAAACAUUGCUUGGAGAAGGAAACUUCGGGCAGGUUUGGAAAGCGGAAGCGGAUGACUUGAACGGUCACGAUGGAUUAACGCGACUGGUAGCAGUAAAGACAAUAAAGGAAGCAGCGUCACAAAAGGAAAAGCAAGAAUUACUUCAUGAAAUCUAUAUCAUGCAGAAGAUUGGAACACAUCCGAAUGUGGUAACAUUGUUAGCUUGUUGUACAGAACAAGAGCCUUACUUGCUGAUAAUGGAGUACGUGAUGUGUGGCAAGCUACUGACGUAUCUGCGCGCGCGUCGCUCGCGGCCCGACCGCUUCGGCGGUGGCGGCGCGCUAGCCUCGCGCGAUCUAACCGUCUUUGCCUACUGCGUCGCCCGCGGCAUGGACUACAUCGCCUCCAAAGGGAUUGUCCACCGCGAUCUAGCAGCUCGCAAUGUACUCGUGGACCACAACAAACUGUGCAAAAUCGCCGACUUCGGCAUGUCUCGAUGCGCGGGUGGCGGCGCGCGUACAGCCCGCGGUGCGCUGCCCGUGCGCUGGAUGGCGCCCGAGGCUCUGCUCUACAAUGUGUACAACCACCAGACUGAUGUCUGGGCCUUUGGUAUACUUCUCUGGGAGAUAGUCACUUUAGGGUCAACGCCCUAUGCAGCAAUGUCGGGGAGAGAAGUGUUAACGGCAGUUACUGAAGGCUAUCGGUUGGAGCGGCCGCCGCACUGCAAGCCGCAACUGUACCGCGCCAUGCACUCCUGCUGGCACGCCGAUCCCUCGCAGAGACCCACCUUCGCGUCUCUCAAGGCACAGUUAGCUGAACUUCUUGAUAAUGAACCUUCUGAAGGAAAUUACGUAGACUUGGACUCUUUCUACCAAGAGUCUUCUGUGUACAGCGAUCCGUCGGCGAUUAUCAAUGAUGAAGACGGUCUUUCCGCAGAAUAUGAUAGAGAAAGGCGAUGUUUUAGAGAAUUGGUUCCCGGUCCUGCAAAGUUUGACAAUAGAGCGUUCAAUCUUCGCGACGAAGAAAUAAGAAACAAAUUCGGUAUCGGGACACCGAGAAUGGGCGGUUUCGGAAUCCGAGACGCGCCUUUCAACGAAAGAAAUUUUCCAGAUGGGGAAUUCAAUGAAAGGAAAUUUCCAGAAAAGACUUUCCCAGAAAGAAAUUUCACCGAUCAAAAUUUCAACGACCCUAAUUUCGUUGAACGCAAAGAUGGAAAAUUAUCGACGUCGAGUUUUCAUAGGGAGAGAGAACGGGAAAAUCCAUUGGUCAGUAGGAACAGCUUUAACGGUUUCCCUCGUGUUGGUGGUACAAGGGAAAAUAAUUUUCAUUUAAAUCCCGACGGUAGGAAUAAAAGAGUAUCAGAAUUCGAAUGCGACAUAUGAACGAAAGAAAACGAUAUUGAGUUUAUAAUAUUGUCUAUAAAGAACAUUUGUGUUUCUUGUUUUUGUGCUUUGUGGUCUUAGUUUAAGGCCGAGUUAUUCAAUACAUUCGAAAUUUGAAAAUUUAAAUGAAAAAUUAUUUCAUUGGUUAAUAAU